AUGGUAAGCGGCAAAACGAGAUCAGUAAGUCGCAUUAGAAACUUCUUAUGCACUGUUUACUGUACUUUGACCCUUUUUUGGGCAGUGGCUGCCUUGCUGCUGUUGCAGGCCGAGGGGCUGCAGGCAAAGCGCCGCAAGCACAAGGGCGAGGAUCAUGCGCAUAAAACGAAGACUAAGUGGUCCAGCUCGUCGGACUUUGGCGCAGGUAGCAACACGCAGGUGGCCACCGAGGAGCAUGGCUACUAUGUCAAGCGUACCUACUCGCCAGCGAAGGGCGCCGAGGGCAAGCGCAGCUGUCCACCCUACCUGGCCAUACCCAUUGCCUGGUUCAGCUGCGCCGACAAAGCCAAUUGCCAGCAGUUUGGCAAUUCCGCUGCCAUUAACAGCCCAGCGCUGGCUCUAAGCGAGGGCUACCUGUGCGACGACGACUGCAGCGAGGGCUACGAGCCCAUCUGUGGCCAGACGCCCAACGAGGUGGCUGUGUUCUACAACAAGUGCAAGCUCAAUGUGGCCAAGUGCCGCACGCAUGGCCUCUGGACUGAGCUGCCCUAUGCGCAAUGCCAGCAAACUUAUCCCAAGGAAACCGCCUACACCGACAAGAAGUUCAAGUCAUCGCCCUACUACAGCGACAAGGCUACAGCUGCUGAUAAGCAGAAGCCAGACAAAGAGCAGAGCGCCGAAAGCAGCGAGGAGAAGCAAAAAGUGGAGAAAGUAGAGCCCAUUGUGCUGCCUUUGCCCAGCAAGCCCAUGGAGAUUCCAGUGCCAGCUAUAGCGCUGCCGCCCAUGCCCAUGAAAACAGGCGUGGCGCACAUUAAGCAAGUGAAACCUGUGCCUACUCCUACUCCAACAGUUGCACCCAUGCCAAUGCAAGCUCUGCCCGCUUUGCUUGCUGGUGGCGUCAGCAAGAUUCCCGUUGUGGCUGCAGCGCCCAUUCCUAUGCAAACUGAAAAGGCUGACAAGGAUAAACUCAAAUAUGCAACUGCUUAG